AUGGAUUCAGAAUUAUUUAAAGAGUUCGAAGCUGUGCUUCAAAAUUCGGCUGAACUGCCUCCUUUAGCAUUAUAUAUUGCAGGGUCUGCAAGAUAUAAGACUUCUCUAUCUCCUAAAGUGAUUUUAAAGUUUCUUCAAGGUUUCUAUCAAAAAAUCAAGAAUGGUCUCAUCCCGAAUGAAAUGAUUUUUUUUAUAGCAAAUUAAAAAAAUAAGGCUAGAUAGGGAGAAUUAUAAUAAUUUUUUUCUAUAAAAUUAAGGGUUUUUUCUUUAGUAAGUAUAGUAAAUUUAUAGAAAUAAGUAUAAAAUUCAAGCGUGCAUAUUUGAUGGACAAAUUGGUGAAGCCAAAGAGCUAUUAAGCUCUCUACAAGACCAAAAGCCGCAAAUAGAGCCAGAACCAAUACCCCCGCAGCCGAAAUACAAUAAAGCAGCACAUUUAAGACAACUAGAAGAAGAAGCUCUACAAUUAAUCGAAAUCAUGAAAAAAGAACCAGUAUUUAAUCAAUCCCUCAAGCCAGUCCAGCCCAAACUCAAAGAGCAAUCCUCAUUAGUCUGCAAUUUAUGCAAUAAUGAGCUUCGCUAUGAAAACUGUUCAGUUAUGGAAAAUUGCGCUCAUAUGUUUCACCCCAAUUGCUUAUUUGAAUAUAUUUCUGCACAAAUUUACGCCCAAGCUUCUGAUAUAAAAUGUCCAGCUAAAAACUGUAAAGCUGAAAUUCAUAUAAAAGAUUUAGAAGCAAGCUUAACCCCAGAACUAUACAAAAUAUAUCAAGAAAAUUCAUUAAAUAAUUUGCUUAGUAGUGGAUUAGUUGGAGAUAUUAUAAAAUGCCCUAAUCAGAAUUGUACUGAAAGAUUCGCAUUGUCUGAUGAUGCAGUUGUGAUGUGUCCUGGGUGUCGAAAUGAAAUUUGUGGAAAAUGUAAAAAAUUGAAGCAGGCUUGCAUGUGUUUAAAUUUGCAUUCACAGCAUGGAUAUGUACCUGUGGCUACUUUUAAGAGGCAAUGCCCAUACUGUGAAACGUGGAGUGAUAAGAAUGGAGACAAUAAUUUUUCUAAAUGCAGAAACUGUUCAAAUGUGUUUUGUUUUGACUGCUUAAAAAUACCAGGGGUGUGUAAGUGUCUUUUGCCUGCAAAUAUUUUGCAUUAA